AUUAACAAUUCUAUGGUUACCAGGUCCUGAGUGUAUUUUCAAGAGUAAUUAAACCAAUCCCUUUACGAAAAUGUUCCCUUUGUGAAGAAACAGGCUUGAAAUUAUCCUCAGAGAAAAACGUCUUCUUUCUGUGUCGAAGAGAAGCGUAACUUUGGAUUUCGGAACUCGUUCUUAGUGAGGCGAGUAUAGCAAAAAAAAAGUAGUCAACUGUUGAAAGCUUAAGGGUAAAGCCAUGUAAUUAACGGAACAAUAAGAAAUCUAUCAUUGGACAGCUCAAGAUAAACGAUUGUUUUAUUGAAUACUUCGGCGUUUAUGUUUCUGGGUUGUUUUCUUUUAUGAUUUUACUUCACUCCACUGAAGAAAGUUUGUAUACUGAGGCGAAGCGAUAAAACGUUGCUAAGUUAGAACGUCUGCUUGGAGGAAGCGUUAUCUUGGGUAAUACUGCUAAACCUUGUGCAAGCUUAAUCCACCAAGUUUCUUUAAGCGUAAGCCAGGGCUUAGAUGGAAACUAAUUGAAUCGGAACAUUGGCAAACUGAAAGAGCAAGCCUAGCGCUCCACUUGCGAAGUGAACUGUAGAAUGGACAAGGAGCAUAUCAAAGUGAAACGACUGUAUUCAGUGGCUGAUUCAAGAAGCUUGGGCGAAGACGAAAGCAUUACAUCACUGCCUACACCACAGUUCCUCGUCCGAGGAAGAAAUGGUGGCGACAUAGCCACGUUUUCGUUGGUUCAGACUAAAAAGGGCAAAACCGAAGGGAAGGAAAUUAAAGGCAAGAUGGCGAGAAACAGUCCUCCGGUCUCGCGACUCAGGUUGCGUUCCAGUUCGGGCCGCGUGUUGAGUGAUGGCAAAUGCGCUGGAAAUGCAAAUUUAGAGAGUACAGCUGAAGACUGCACCAUUAAUAGGUCUCGUAGUGGAAGCGGUUCUAUGGUCUUCUCUUCUGUUAAAGACAGGAAAGAGGCCAAAUUUUCUAAUGCACGAGGCUACCCUAUCAAUCUGCCUUCGGCGGAUCCAAUACAAAGUGUUUUAGAAAGACUGCAAUUUUGGAACAAAGAUGAAGGGAUCAAGCAAGACCAGAGACUUCACAGUCGAGCAGUUUCCUUUUCAAAUCAGUCUCUCUUGCAUUCAGCAAUAUCACGUGAUGAUGCCGUGGAGCUUAGCGACCUUAUUGACAGUGAGAACCCGGAUCUAAAUGCCCCGGAUGAAGUCGGCAUCACACUGCUUCACCGCGCAGCCAUCGAUGGAAGUUACCGCUGUCUCAAUUUUCUUCUCUCUCGAGGCGCUAAUGUGGACGUGACGGAUUUUGAAGGCUGGACUCCACUCCACGACUCAGUGUUCCAUGGGCAUAUCCGCUGUGCGGUUAUUCUUCUUAUCUCGGGCGCUGACGUGGAGGCAGAGACAAAGGACUUCCUUAAACCAAUAGAAAUGGCGGAAGACGAGGAAAUGAUUUUAGUGGUAGGCAGAUCUAUGGCAUUGAAUAAGACUGGACAAAAUCCAAAUUAUGAUAAAGAAACUCUGGUUUACAGACAGAAAAGAAAGACUAAGGUGAUAAACAGUGUCAUUGAUACAGAUUGUCACAUGAUGUGGGCCUUACAUAGAGCAUGUCAAGAGGGCAAUUUAAUUUUGGUGUCCAUUUUGCUGGAGAGAGGUCUGAACGUAAAUGCAAAGGACAAACAAGGACGGACUCCACUUCAUAUCGCCUCGGAGACAGGCGACAAAUUGCUGGCGGAGUUGUUAUUUCAGCGGGGGGCAGAUACCUGUUCCGUGUGCUCUCGCGGGAGUAUUCCGUUAGACUGCAGUCGAGAUGAUGAAAUGACCUUGAUGCUUGUUCAAAUGAUGUCACGGACAGGCAAAGCUGAACUAGCUAAAGAUAGAUUACAAUUUGAAGAAUUAUCUGAAAAAGCCAGGCAGACAGUCGCAAAGGCAUUGGACGUGAAAACAACAAGAAAGAAAUCUCCUCCAGUACUCUCAUCUCAGUUCUUGAACAAACGAACCUUCGCAAACCUUUUUGGAAUAAAAGACGCUGUUUCGCGACUUUCGAGCCUCUCUAACGUUUCGGACAGUAGCAGGUGCAGCGAAAGCGAGUCUGGUUUCUCGGAAAUGGACAAAUCAUCCGACAGUACUUCUAUGGAGUCUGUUCAAACGAACGAAUCCGUUUCAAGUGGUUUCGUGUCAGUCGAUGAACUUUCCCCAGAGUCUUUCAACAGGCGCGCGACGACGGCGCUGACGAAACAAGAGUUUGCCGCGCUGAACCGUUCUCCGUUCAUGCUGCGCCGAAACCGCGCCGUGUCAGAACCGCCGCCAAAACGGACAAUCAAGCGAUCGUCAACUUGGAAUAUCAGCAGCAAAAGCACCAGCACGUUUCCUCGCCCCGCGCUAAGAAGACGCGUUACAUUCCCGGCUGACAUUAUGUUGGACGUAGCGAUCAAGAGUGACGAUUUCGUCGAAACGUGUCACCUGAUUAAGUCAAGAAAAGUCGAUUUUAAUCGCGUCGGGUGUAAUGGUCUCACACCGCUCCAUCGCGCGGCGAUCGAGGGUAGUUACGAAUGCCUUCAACUUUUGGUCGAUCUAGGAGCAAAUGUAAACGCUCGGAGUGUAUUAGGUUGGACACCACUGCACGAUGCUGUUUUUCACGAACAUGUGAGUUGCGCACUGGUUUUAAUAAACGCUGGCGCCGAUCUAAGCGCUGAAACGGACGACUUCAUGACUGUAUUGGACAUGGUAAAAACUGACCGAAUGCUCUCAGCAAUUGGUCGAGCUAUGAUUGUAACAAAUAGCGACGGGGAUAAAAACAAACUACGUUACUGCAAACAAGAAGUGUUUGAACCUGUGUUCGACCCCGAUAGAGAAACCUCGAACACCGAACUCAUUCAGCUGUACAAAAGGUCAACAGCACUUGGCAAAAAGUAUAUGGCUGAUAAACAGUUUGAGAUUACUAAAAAGGGCAAAACCGAAGGGAAGGAAAUUAAAGGCAAGAUGGCGAGAAACAGUCCUCCGGUCUCGCGACUCAGGUUGCGUUCCAGUUCGGGCCGCGUGUUGAGUGAUGGCAAAUGCGCUGGAAAUGCAAAUUUAGAGAGUACAGCUGAAGACUGCACCAUUAAUAGGUCUCGUAGUGGAAGCGGUUCUAUGGUCUUCUCUUCUGUUAAAGACAGGAAAGAGGCCAAAUUUUCUAAUGCACGAGGCUACCCUAUCAAUCUGCCUUCGGCGGAUCCAAUACAAAGUGUUUUAGAAAGACUGCAAUUUUGGAACAAAGAUGAAGGGAUCAAGCAAGACCAGAGACUUCACAGUCGAGCAGUUUCCUUUUCAAAUCAGUCUCUCUUGCAUUCAGCAAUAUCACGUGAUGAUGCCGUGGAGCUUAGCGACCUUAUUGACAGUGAGAACCCGGAUCUAAAUGCCCCGGAUGAAGUCGGCAUCACACUGCUUCACCGCGCAGCCAUCGAUGGAAGUUACCGCUGUCUCAAUUUUCUUCUCUCUCGAGGCGCUAAUGUGGACGUGACGGAUUUUGAAGGCUGGACUCCACUCCACGACUCAGUGUUCCAUGGGCAUAUCCGCUGUGCGGUUAUUCUUCUUAUCUCGGGCGCUGACGUGGAGGCAGAGACAAAGGACUUCCUUAAACCAAUAGAAAUGGCGGAAGACGAGGAAAUGAUUUUAGUGAGAGGUCUGAACGUAAAUGCAAAGGACAAACAAGGACGGACUCCACUUCAUAUCGCCUCGGAGACAGGCGACAAAUUGCUGGCGGAGUUGUUAUUUCAGCGGGGGGCAGAUACCUGUUCCGUGUGCUCUCGCGGGAGUAUUCCGUUAGACUGCAGUCGAGAUGAUGAAAUGACCUUGAUGCUUGUUCAAAUGAUGUCACGGACAGGCAAAGCUGAACUAGCUAAAGAUAGAUUACAAUUUGAAGAAUUAUCUGAAAAAGCCAGGCAGACAGUCGCAAAGGCAUUGGACGUGAAAACAACAAGAAAGAAAUCUCCUCCAGUACUCUCAUCUCAGUUCUUGAACAAACGAACCUUCGCAAACCUUUUUGGAAUAAAAGACGCUGUUUCGCGACUUUCGAGCCUCUCUAACGUUUCGGACAGUAGCAGGUGCAGCGAAAGCGAGUCUGGUUUCUCGGAAAUGGACAAAUCAUCCGACAGUACUUCUAUGGAGUCUGUUCAAACGAACGAAUCCGUUUCAAGUGGUUUCGUGUCAGUCGAUGAACUUUCCCCAGAGUCUUUCAACAGGCGCGCGACGACGGCGCUGACGAAACAAGAGUUUGCCGCGCUGAACCGUUCUCCGUUCAUGCUGCGCCGAAACCGCGCCGUGUCAGAACCGCCGCCAAAACGGACAAUCAAGCGAUCGUCAACUUGGAAUAUCAGCAGCAAAAGCACCAGCACGUUUCCUCGCCCCGCGCUAAGAAGACGCGUUACAUUCCCGGCUGACAUUAUGUUGGACGUAGCGAUCAAGAGUGACGAUUUCGUCGAAACGUGUCACCUGAUUAAGUCAAGAAAAGUCGAUUUUAAUCGCGUCGGGUGUAAUGGUCUCACACCGCUCCAUCGCGCGGCGAUCGAGGGUAGUUACGAAUGCCUUCAACUUUUGGUCGAUCUAGGAGCAAAUGUAAACGUUCGGAGUGUAUUAGGUUGGACACCACUGCACGAUGCUGUUUUUCACGAACAUGUGAGUUGCGCACUGGUUUUAAUAAACGCUGGCGCCGAUCUAAGCGCUGAAACGGACGACUUCAUGACUGUAUUGGACAUGGUAAAAACUGACCGAAUGCUCUCAGCAAUUGGUCGAGCUAUGAUUGUAACAAAUAGCGACGGGGAUAAAAACAAACUACGUUACUGCAAACAAGAAGUGUUUGAACCUGUGUUCGACCCCGAUAGAGAAACCUGUGUGUAAUAUAAGAUAAACAUAGUUUUUCGUGCUGUUGCGGAAAUCUAAGUGUUCGUUUCUUAAUUUCUUCAGCGAACACCGAACUCAUUCAGCUGUACAAAAGGUCAACAGCACUUGGCAAAAAGUAUAUGGCUGA